AUUUAGAAUUCUCGAUUUCCUUAAUGUUUAACAAAAAUACCUUAAUAGACUCUGAAACGCGAAUCCUUUUCUUGGCAGACCCGCAGAUUGAAGGCGAUGCGAAAAUAGAACGAGAAGGAAUAAGAGGCGAAAUCGAUCUUUUAGGCAAUGAUAUUUAUAUUAGACAUGUCUACACAUCAUUCGUGUCUCCGUAUUCCCUAUUUACACAUAAACCUACUCAUACUAUUAUACUUGGUGAUCUGUUCUCAAGUCAAUGGACAAAUGAUAAAGAAUUUAAGAAAAGAGUGGAAAGAUAUAAAUGGAUAUUUGGUGAUCCUAGAGGUGAAUAUACUCAUGAAUUAAUAAAUUUAACUGGAAAUCAUGACAUAGGAUAUGGUUCGGAUAUGUCGCGUUAUAGGGUGGAUAGAUGGGAACGUGAAUUUGGUAAAACUAAUUUUGGUGGCUGGAUACCAUCAAGUUCUUCAUCGACUUCAGAAGACUCA